UCAUAUCCCAUUGAAUAAAACACUCUUAUCACUUAAAUACAUAAAAAAUGUCAAGUAAAUAACUGCCAACUAAACAAAUAUGGAACAUGGUAAACAAGUGGAGAACACACGAUGUCAUGACUCUUGUUAUGAUCUUAUCAGAACAGCUCAUCGUUGCCUCUAAAUUCUGUACCAAGUCAAGGAUCAUCACUGUCCCAUGUGAAGCAUGAAUCAGUUGAACAAAGUUUUGAACGGAAUAAGGCAGCCCCAGUGACUUCGAAGGAGUCCUCUAGAAUGGUUUUAUCAGCCCCUAGCAAUAUUGACGCUAACACAUCAGUAAGAGAACUUAAUAACUUAUUUUUAUAUAUUAGAUUUCUGAUGAUAAAAGUCUUUUUCAAAUUCUCUCUUUUUGCCUCUUCUUUUUGAGCUUUUAGGGCAACCUUGGUUCUUUAAAAGACUUGCAUAUUUUCCUUGGUAUUUUCAACAAUCUUGGCAUCUAUCUUGAAUUUUUUUUGUGUCCAUCAAAUGAAUUCUCGUAGUUCGUUGGGUACGUCACUAGCAGGAUUUAAUGCUAGGAUGCCACCCAAAAAGCCAACUGUUGGUCAGAAGAAACCACUGGAGACAUUAGGUUCUUCACCGCCACCACCAAGCAAGAAGAAAAAAGUGGUGCAGAAUUCUAUGGAUCAAAGUAUCGAACAGCUCAAUGAUGUCACUGCAGUCAGUGGUGUCAAUCUCAGGGAAGAGGAAGAACAAUUAUUUUCCAGGGGCAAGGAGGAUAGUUGUGUUUCUGAGGCAUCUCGUAGAGUUGUGCACGAAGAGGAAGAAAGAUUUAUUUUGCAGAAAAGUCCACUGCAUAAAAUGCUGGCAGAAAUAAGUUGGGAUACUUCCUUUUUCUUAUCUCUUACAUUCUAAGUUGAUGAAUCACUUGGCUAAGAAACUUAUAUAUGUUCUUUCAUAUCUGGCAGUGGUGAAAGUUGAGCUAAAGCAAAUAAGCAAUGAUGUUGAACGGUGCUUGUCUUUGGUACAACUUCGUGUGUGUUUGCAUACAGUACUUGCGUGUUUUUUUUGUACCCUUUUCUGAUGCAUUUGCGCUCUCAGUGUGUGGA